GUGGUCGUGAUCAGUAUAACCAUCAACAUCACCGUCUCUGCGAGACACGGUAUGUUACAGACGCAGUCACUUUCUCUCUCUAACUCCACAGCUCUCUUCCACUCUCUCUGUUUUCAUACUCUUAAACCACAAAGAAAACCAACCAAUUCUGAGGAGAGAGAGAGUGAGAUAUGGUGAGGAAAUGCAGAGGAGUAGCAGAGAUUGCAGUAAUGGAGGUCGACUUAAGGACUACCAGACCUCCACCUGACUUGGAUGAUGUACCACCUUCCGCCAACAAGAGGAAGAUCGCAGCCGAAACAAACUUUGAGUUCUCGACAACGACAACCUCGUUUGUCAAGCUCCGGAGCCGGCGACGCCGCGUUGUUUUGCCGGAGAAUUCGGUCCCUGCACCGCCGGCGGAGAAUACGCUUCUGCUACCGGGUACAACGUCGACGAAGGAGAAAAGCUCUAUUAGCCCGACCUCCGAUGAUGAUGCGUCCACUUUUGCCUGCUCAAGUAACGGCUGCAGCGAGAUUGUUGAAGAGAGCAAGUUCGUAGAUCUGGAGGAUGAGAAAGAUGAACACGGAUUCGCGUACAAAUCUAGCCGAGAAAGGAGGGAGACGACUCCGUCUAGCCAAUUCCGUCCAACACAGUCCGGCGAUAUGGAGUCUCCGGCAGGGAAAAGCGAGGCAACUUCUUCCGGUAAUAGAUCUUUGUCUUCGGUGAAGAUGCCAGCAGAAUCGGAGCUGGAAGCAUUCUUCAUCGCCGCUGAGAAAAACAUACAGAAACGUUUCACUGAGAAGUAUAAUUACGAUAUUAUUGAGGAUGUUCCCUUGGAAGGACGUUACGAAUGGGUUCGAUUAAAUAUUUGAUGUACCUUCUUUGUAAACUUCCCUCUCCUUCUCUUCUUUUUCCUGCUAAUUCUGUACAGUUAGCGUUCUGAUCUCUAUCAUCUUGUAAGAGUAGAAAACUAAGUUAAUUUAUUCUUGGUACGGUUCUUCAUAGAAAAAGAAAUUGUAAAUUCCUUAGAAUUAGGAAGAACUGAACAAAGAAAAUUCUUAUUCGCGAAGAUGAUGAGCGAGCAUCUAAAGUUCGCCAGUUUGCAAUUCAGGGUUUCAGUUCUUCAUUCUGGUACGAUUCCCAGCCUGAAAAUUCGUCCUCAUCUUUUUUGUUUUUCUAUUUGAAAUUUAAAUUUUAGUUAUAUUUGUCCUUUUGUUUA